AUGGAAGAGCCUUUUCCGAAAAGACCCCGCCUUUCCAUCUUCGCAGAUCAAUCCACAGACGCCAAACUCGACGAAGACCUCGGUGCGCUACGCUACAGGAAUGACCAUCUUCUAAAAUCACGAUUCGAGUCUAUAUUCGAAAAAUAUUCUCAUGAUUUCACCGGUGUCGGUGACGAGAUUGACAUUGUAAAGGGAAAGGUCGUGGUCAAUAAUGGACACUUGGAAGGGAUGGAGGACGAAGCAGACGUUGGAGAGAUUCAUGACGAGGAAUUGGACGGGAAGUCAUUCCUGAAAGCAAUUGCCAUGGAAUCCGAUGGUGAAGAUCAGGCUUCGACUGAGGAAGCCGACGAUUUGAUCACGAGCAUCGAAGGGAUCGCCGAGGACACAGCCAUGUCUGACGACGAAACCUCCUCCGAAGACGGUCAAGAUGAAUCCUUUACUACUCCGGAACGAUCACAAAGCCCAUACUUUACGCCUCCAGAUCUACAUAAGCCUCCGCACACAAAGGACGCUGUCCAGGAGCAUUUCCCCGGUGCGAAGGCAGAUGCGUACGACUCCGACAAGGACUCACUUUUCGAGGUCUGUGAUCAACAGCGGUCGUCGAGCCCCGAUUCUCUCUUCGAAGUAGCAUCCCCCGCACUAGCCCGUGACGACCCGGUCCGCCAUUCCUCGAGAACAUCACCUGUUCGCGACGAGCCGGAAGAAAGUGCGAUUCUGCAAAAGUACGGACCGCAGAUUGGGAAGGAGGUGCUGGAGAUGUUGCGGAAAGCGAGGAACACGGCGAUCGAAGCCCAGGUGGAACCGGCCUGGCGAUUACCGCCUGAUCUCGUCACCCCGAAGCCUUCGAAGCCCACCAGGUCGGCUUCAGGGUCGAAAACACCCUCCAAUAUGAAAUAUCAAACCCCUGACCACGGAGAACCACUCUCAUCGGGGUUUGGCGUGUCUGUCUGGGGCUCCAAUGCGAGGCAGCUUUCACCACAGAUGACAAGUCGGUGGCAACAACAUAAGCGAAUACGGGAGGAGUCAGUGGACCCUCUGCAAGAAGAGCCAUCGGGUGAUCGAUCAGAACAAGUGCAGGAGGGCGAUGAAUUGAAGGUGGAAGUGGAUGAAGAGGAGGUAGUGAUUUGGAAGUCCAACAGAAGCAAUGGAAGGGGAAACGACGAGCAAGUGGCGAAAAUGAGGCAGGGCAUUUGUUUUUAUUGCGAGCGUCAAUGGAAGACUCGGUUCUCCGUCUUCAAGCACUGGGAGGCGUUGGUGCUUGCGGCCGAGCACAGUGGGACCCCUCCCGAUGGCGUUCAUGAUAUGGUGUACCUUCGGGACUACUGGGUAACCGCGCCAAAGACGCCCCGGGGACCUAGAUUGGGUGUGGAGAACCUCAAGAGGUUGGUUGAGAUGCAUGAAGGAGCCGGUGAAUCUUUCGACGAAAUCGCCAAAUCUGGAGCCCUCCGCACGAAAAAGAACGGAACGGAGCUGAAGGAAGCGUACGUGAGAUAUCGGAAACGCCGAAGCAAAAAAGGUAAAGAGGAUGCCCGAGAAUGGACCGAGGCUGAGUUGGAAACCCUGGAUCAAUUGUGCCGAAAUCCCAAGGCGGAUGUUGCGACUUUCGCUCGAUCGUUUCAAAACUGCAGUGUCACCGACGUUGUUGACAAACUGGCAGAUAUUUGGCUGGCGGCAUUACAGAAUUCUGGUGGCGAAGCAACAGAGCAUUCCCAAAGUCCCAGGGGUCCACGGACUUCACGCAAGAGAACAGCCGGUGUUGCCCCCAGUGACCGAUCUGGUGAUUGA